UUCUUCUUCUUCUUCUUCUUCUUCUUCGAUUCUUCGAUUCAACCCUAAUUCCCUCUCUGAAAAUCACCACCAUGCUUCUCAAGGCUUCUCCGGCGUCGUCUCUGUGGACGACUCGCAGCGAGACCCUGGCUCUCUCCUCCGCUCCGCUGUCGUCUUCUCCUUCCUCGAUUUCCUACCCUGCCGCUACGCUAAACUCGUCGACGUCUCUGUUCGUGUCUAUCCGGUCAUCGCCGGCGAGGAAUGACAUCGGGAGCGUGGUCUGCGCGGCGGCGAAGAGCGCGAGCAACCGGCCGCUGACCGGUGUGGUUUUCGAGCCGUUUGAGGAGGUGAAGAAGGAGCUGGAUCUCGUUCCUACUCUCCCUCAGGUCUCUCUGGCUCGCCAGAAGUACAGUGAGGAUAGCGAGGCUGCUAUUAAUGAACAGAUCAAUGUGGAGUACAACGUUUCGUAUGUGUACCAUGCAAUGUAUGCCUAUUUCGACAGGGACAAUGUGGCACUCAGGGGCCUGGCCAAGUUUUUCAAGGAGUCGAGUGAGGAAGAGAGGGGUCAUGCGGAGAAAUUGAUGGAAUAUCAGAAUAAGCGCGGUGGAAGAGUGAAAUUGCAAUCAAUAUUGAUGCCUGUCUCUGAGUUUGAUCAUGCUGAGAAGGGAGAUGCUUUAUAUGCAAUGGAGCUUGCAUUGUCUCUAGAGAAAUUGACAAAUGAAAAGCUGCUGAAUUUGCACCAUGUCGCUGACAAGAACAAAGAUGUGCAACUAUCUGAUUUUGUUGAAAGCGAGUUUUUGGCUGAGCAGGUGGAGGCAAUCAAGAAGAUCUCAGAGUAUGUAGCUCAACUCAGGAGGGUUGGUAAAGGACAUGGGGUUUGGCACUUCGAUCAGAUGCUACUACAUGAUGAGGUUGCUGCGUUAUGAGCCAAUCGUCACUUUUUGUUCAGGGUUACCAGUCUCAAACUUUCUCUUGUUGGUUCUAGUUCAUGAGUUUUUGACUUUCUGGUUAGUAACUUUUGGUAGUUUUUUAAGUCUAGUGCGCAAAAGUUUUGUGGAAGUCAUUUAAAUGUAGCACCUAAUGAACUGGUGAUUUGUUUUUAAUCAAUGCUUGAUCUUUUACUGUUA